UAAAAGUUGUUUCGAAACGUUCCAAACCUAACCUCAAAAUAUCUUGAAACAUUACUCGACUAUUUUGUCGACCGCGAAAACUUAAUGUUCCGAGUCUCUUGGUUAACCUUAAAUGUGGAUACAAUUUAAUUGAAGCUAAGGAAGAUUUGUUCAAUGUUAAUUAUGGAAACACCCCAUGUAGAUGGUUAUGAGCUUGGGCCGAAAGUUGGAGGCGGCAGUUUUUCGACCGUUUAUCGAGCAUUCCCAAAAGGCGAACAAAAGGCAAAGGAUGGAAACGAUGAAGUCGCAGUAAAAUGUAUUCAUCGGGAUAAAAGGGCUGGUAUCGAGAUAGCUGUUGCGGAAAUAAAAUUAAUGAAAAGUUUAAAUCAUCCGAACAUCGUUAGGUUUUAUGAUUUUGGUGGGGACUCAAAAUAUAUUUAUAUUAUAAUGGAGUAUUGUAACGAAGGUGAUUUGUCGAAAUUAAUAAAACAACGCUACAAACUAGUUGAAACGUUAGUACAAAUGUUGAUGCAACAUUUAGCUUUAGCGAUGAAGUACCUGAGGCAACAUAACCUUUGUCACAUGGAUUUAAAACCCCAAAAUUUGCUUUUAACCCGUAACCCUGGCUUAGCCUUGAAAGUCGCUGAUUUUGGAUUAUCGAGGAUUCUCUGUGAGAGCAAUUUAGAAAAGAGUCGUUUUGCAGGGUCAGUUCGUUACAUGGCCCCCGAAAAAUUAUUAAAUAUGAAAUAUGAUUCAAAAAUCGAUUUAUGGUCAGUCGGGGUGAUUAUGUUUGAAUGUUUAGUAGGUAGGACACCUUUUGGUAACUUAAAGAAUAAGGAAAUGUGCGAGUUUAUGAGCGCACAACGACCAAUGCCGAUUCCAGCAUCUGUUAAUGUUAGUCCUGUUUGUGAAAAUCUUUUAUAUAAAUUAUUAUGUUAUAAUCCUCAAGAACGCAUUGAUUUUGAGGCGUUUUUCGAGCACGAAUUUUUAAAUAUUAACUAUUGUCCGUGCGAAGAAAACUUUUCGAAAGUUCGUCAGUUAAUGAUGAAGUCUUUUGAAUUUGAAUCGGAGGGGAAACACAAAGAGGCAUUAUACGUAUGCCAAAAAGCAAUAUGCUACAUGGAAUGUUUCGUAAAUUUCGAACCAAAUAAAGUUCGUAAACAACUCCUUUUAAUAAAAUUAAACGAUUAUAAAGAAUAUGAAGAAAAACUUCGCAAUGCUGUUGCGAAUAAGACAACUAUGAUGAUCGGAGCUAAUAAUCAUUUUAACUCCUUACAAAUGACUUUUAGAGGGACACCUCAAGUUACAACCGCUGUCGAAAUCGGAAUGGCAGCUGAAAUGUAUUACUUAGAAGGCAAAAAAGAGAUUGCUUUAACGAAAUUUUUAUCCGCCCUUGAUAUAUUAAUGCCUUUGUUACAUACGGAACCAAACGGACCACGUAAAGAAAUUUUAUCUAAGCAAAUCACCAAAUGGUUAUCGUUCGCCGAAAAUUUAAAAAAUGGUGAUAAUUCUUAAAUAUUUUUUUAAUAAAUUUGCAAAGUUGCAAACCAACUCUAGUGAGAUUUUUCAGUUUAAAGAAGACUUCCUGUUUUAUUUUGUGAUGAUUAAGUUUCGUUUUUAUGUUUAAUACCGGUUGUAUGUUUAGUUUAAUGAACACUGUUAUUUAUGUUUAUUUAUAUAUGAAGAUAAAGGAAACUUAUAUAGUUUUAUUUUGUGAUGAAUCAAACUUUUAGUUUGAUUUGCAUUUUUUCUAGUAUAGUUAACAAAGUAAAAGAAGAUUUAUUUAUGUUUGUUUCAGUUCUGUUUUAAGUAGUUUACUUGUAAACUUUGUUUUAUAAAACAGAAACUUUUAGUUUGAUUUGCAUUUUUUCUAGUAUAGUUAACAAAGAAAAAGAAGAUUUAUUUAUGAUUAUUUCAGUUCUGUUUUAAGUUGUUUACUUGUAAUCUUUGUUUUAUAAAUCAGAAACUUUGAUUUAGAUUUAUUUUGUGAUGAUUUAAUAAAGGUUAUUUUUUAAAA